AUGAAGAAGAUUGUGUUGAAAAUAAGCAUCAUCUGCAGCAAGUGCAAAACUACCAUUCUGCAGGCCGUCGCCAAACUCGAUGGGAUAAAAUCAUUGGAAUUGGAUGAGGAGAAGUGCACAUUGACGGUAGUAGGGACCGCAGAUGUCGUGGACAUUGUAAAGGAGCUAAAGAAGGUGAAAAAGGCCGCGGACGUAGUAAGCGUAGGCGAUAACAAGCACAAGAAGAAGGAGGAGGAGAAAUGCAAAGAAUUGGCAUUGUGUUGUGCAGCAUGUAGGACUAUGGGUUUUGGGAGUUUCAGGAGCUUCCCUUCUAAAUUAGUGUAUGUUGAAGAGCCAUCCUCUGGGUGCACCAUCAUCUAACAAGCAAACAGUUAUAAUAUUUGGGCUAUUGAUUUACAAUAGCCAAUAGAUUUGAGGCUCUACCUCUCAUGUAGGCCUCAAAAUUUGAUGUAUCUAUCUCCAACUUCUUAGCUUAAUUUUAUGUAUUGUUUGUUCCCUU